AUGAAUUGUCUCUCGGUAAACCUCAGGGGGGUACGGGAUUCCCGUAAAGUAGAUUGGGUCAGAGGGAUUCUAACCUCUUACGGAGUUCACUUUCUGGCGAUUCAGGAAACAAAGUUGGGUCCUUCAGUGAAUUUCAGGUUCAAUGGAUUUUGGGGUCGGUCAGCAUAUAAUCUGGAAUCGGUGGAUGCAGAAGGCAGAUCGGGGGGGCUCGCGUGUCUUUGGAACCCGGGUAUGUUUGUUUGUGAUAAUGUUAUUAAGGAUCGCCAAUUCCUUGUCCUGUCUGGGUCACUGGUUCAAUUAGGGGUCCGAAUCAAUAUGGUGAACAUCUAUGCUUCUAAUGAUGCAUCAGUUAGAAGGAAUUUAUGGGAUAGGCUGAUAGUUAUUAAGAAUUCGAUCCAAGGGUUGUGGGUAUUUAUGGGCGAUUUCAAUGAUGUUAGGGAUGAAUCGGAAAGAUUUAACUCGGAGUUCGUCGCCUCAAAUGCGGAGUCCUUCAACCAGUUUAUUCUAUCCGCGGGUCUAGUUGAGUACCAAAUGGGUGGGGGAAAAUUUACUUAUAUUUCUGAUCGCGGAGAUAAAUUAAGUAAAUUGGAUCGCUAUCUUGUUUGUCUCGGUUUUAUGGAAAGAUGGCCGACGGCAUCGGUGUUGGCACUUAACCGAGAUAUAUCGGAUCACAGACCUAUAUUGCUAUCCACUAUCCCUUCUGAUUUUGGGCAUAUUCCAUUCCGGUGCUUUAAUUCUUGGUUGGAGAUACCCGGCUUCAUGGAUGCAGUGAAACAAUGGUGCCAAGAGUUCUCGUUCAAUGGUCCAGCAGACCUGGCUCUCGCUGUCAAACUUAGGUGGCUGAAAAAUAAAAUAAAAGCCUGGCUAAAGGUGGAGCGGGGCAGGUCAGAAGGUGCUUAUUUAAAAAAUAAAGAUCGCGUUUGUGUUCUGGAAAAGUUGGCUGAAAAUCGGGUUCUUGAUGAUGCGGAGCUUGCUGAAAGAGCUGAGUGUAUUAAUAAUAUAAUGGAAGUAGAUAAAAGGAAAUUAUCGGAUAAUAGGUAA